UGACUAGGAAGGAGCUAGCAGAUUAGAGUCAGGGUGAAGGGGUUUGCUAGAAGUUGGUCUUCGACAGGGGCUAGGGUUUCCCCAAGGUGACAGCAUCCACAGCCUCUGGAGGACCAUGUCAUUAGACUUUGGCAGUGUGGCCCUUCAGACACAAAAUGAAGAUGAAGAAUAUGACAAAGAAGACUAUGAAAGGGAGAAAGAGCUGCAGCAGUUACUCACAGACCUUCCUCAUGAUAUGCUGGAUGAUGAUCUGUCCUCCCCCGAGCUCCACUAUUCGGACUGCAGUGAGGAUGGCACAGAGGGAGAACCUCAUCAUUCUGAGAAAUCGGAGAUGAACUGGAAAGAGCAUCAAGUGCUGCCUAAAUCUAAAAGUGUAAAUGACUAUGAGAUUCGGGAUGUAUAUAUUGGCGAGAAAAUUGACAGUGGCUGGGAAGAGAAUCAAAGUAAGACUAAACACCAACAUCCUGGGUACCAUCCCGAAGAAAGUGGAGAUGAAGGUGGAAGUGGUUAUAGUCCUCCAAGUAAAUAUGAGCAGACAGAUUUGUAUCACCUUCCUGAAAACUUUAGGCCAUAUACCAAUGGUCAGAAGCAGGAAUUUAAUAGCCAACCAACCAAUGUAAUUACAUUUUCAGAUCCUCAAAGGAAUCAUUUUCAGCAACUUGGUACAUUGCAAGGUCCCAGUUGUCAAGUGUUGGAACCAUAUACAGUGACAUAUAAACCUUAUCAGUCUUCUGCUCAGAAUAAUGGCUCACCAACCCAGGAGAUAGCAGGAAGUGACACAUUUGAAGGCCUACAACAACAAUUUUUAGGAGCUAAUGAAAAUUCUGCAGAAAAUAUGCAGAUUAUUCAACUUCAGGUUCUUAACAAAGCAAAAGAAAGACAACUAGACAAUUUAGUUGAGAAGUUAAAUGAAAGUGAGCGUCAAAUCAGAUACCUGAAUCACCAGCUUCUGAUAAUAAAAGAUGAAAAGGAUGGUCUGACCCUCAGCCUUCAAGAAUCACAGAAACUCUUUCAGAAUGGAAAAGAAAGAGAGAUAGAGCUUGAAGCACAAAUAAAAGCACUAGAGACCCAAAUACAAGCAUUAAAAGCCAAUGAAGAACAGAUGAUGAAGAAGUCCAGGACCACUGAGAUGGCUCUGGAAAGCCUGAAGCAGCAGCUGUUGGACCUUCAUCAUUCGGAAUCCCUUCAGCGCAGCCGAGAGCAGCAUGAGAGCAUUGUGACGGGCCUCACCAAGAAGUACGAAGAGCAAGUGCUGUGCUUGCAAAAGAAACUGGAUGCGACGGUUGCUGCAUUUCACGAACAGGAAGACAUUUGCUGUCAUUUGAAAGAUCAGGUGAAACAACUGGAAAGAAAUCAAGAAGCAACCAAAUUAGAAAAGACUGAGAUCAUUAACAGAUUGACAAGAAGUCUAGAGGAGAGUCAAAAGCAGUGCGCCAACUUGUUGCACUCAGGCUCCGUGCAGGAGGUGGCUCAGCUACGGCUCCAGCUGCAGCAAGCACAGAAGGCACACGCUAUGAGCGAAAACAUGAACAAGGCUUUGCAAGAAGAACUAGCAGAACUAAAAGAUGAAAUUUCUCUCUAUGAAUCUGCUGCAAAACUAGGAAUCCUUCCAAGUGACUCCGAAGGAGAAUUAAAUACAGAGCUCACCGAAUCAUAUGUGGAUCUGGGUAUUAAAAAAUUUAACUGGAAAAAAUCCAAAGUUAAGAGCAUUGUACAGCAAGAAGACCCAAAUGAAGAACUUUCCAAAGAUGAGGUCAUUCUGAAGUUGAAAGCAGAAGUGCAGCAUUUGCUGGGUAGCAACUCAGUGAAGCGUUGUCUGGUGUCUCGGUUACAAAAUGAUCUCAAAGUCUGUCAUAAGAAAAUUGAAGAUCUCCAACAAGUGGGGAAGGAUGUAAGAAGCAUUGAGGUUGAGACUAGAACAGACACCUCAGAAAAACCAACUAAUCAAUUAUGGCCCGACUCUUCUACUUCUGAUAUGACUGUCAGAGAUGAUAUUCUGCAACUUAAAAAUGAAAAUCAAGUUUUACAACAACAAAAUCAGGAACUUAAAGAAACUGAGGAAAAACUGAGAAAUACAAAUCAGGAGUUAUGUAAUCAAAUGAGACAGAUGGUACAAGAUUUUGACCAUGAUAAACAAGAAACUGUGGUUAGGUGUGAGAGAACUUACCAGCAGCACCAUGAAGCCAUGAAAGCCCAGAUACGUGAAAGCCUGUUAGCAAAGCAUGCUUUGGAGAAGCAGCAGCUCUUUGAAGUUUACGAGAGGACUCGCUUGCAACUUAGGUCUGAAUUAGAUAAGAUGAAUAAGGAGAUGGCUGCUGUGCAGGAAUGUUACCUGGAAGUGUGCAGAGAGAAGGAUAAUCUAGAAUCGACUCUCAGGAAGACGAUUGAAAAGGAGCAACAGGCUCAGGAAAAGAAGAUGAAACAAGAACUUGUUCAACAGCUUGAAAAGGAGUGGCACUCUAAGCUGGAUCAAACUCUAAAGGCAAUGAAAAAGAAGACCUCAGAUUGUUAUAGCCAAACUGAACAAGUAACCAACAUUGAUGCUAUUUCCAAGAAAGAGAUGGCAAUUAUGAUAGAAGAGCAGAAGCGCAAGAUCCAGCAAGAUUUAGAGCAAGAGAAGGAAACAGCUAUCAAGGAGAGCUUGGAGAAACUAGAAGUUGAAUUGGAACUCAAAUACUGUGACAACAUUGCCAAACAGGUAGAAACAGCUGUGCAAAAUGCUCGUCAUCGAUGGCUAAAAGAACUGCCUGAGCUGGCAGAGUAUAAAGCACGUGUAAGAGCAGAACAGCAGAAGUGGGAAGAACAACAAGAGAUGUCUGUGGCCAAACGGAUAUCGUUUGCUGUUUCUGAAGCUAAAGAGAAAUGGAAAAGCGAGCUUGGAAAUAUGAAGCAAAAUGUAACACCCGGGAAGGAACUGGAAGAGAAGAUUCAUUCUCUUCAGAGAGAGCUAGAAUUAAAGAACGAGGAAGUCCCUGUGGUUGUCAGGGCCGAGUUGGCUAAGGCCCGGAGCGAAUGGAACAAAGAAAAGCAAGAAGAAAUCCACAGAAUUCAAGAACAAAAUGAGCAAGAUUACCGGCAAUUUUUAGAUGAUCAUCGAAAUAAAAUUAAUGAGGUGCUUGCGGCAGCUAAAGAAGAGUUUGUGAAACAAAAAACUGAACUGCUUCUUCAGAAGGAGACAGAAUUACAAACAUGUCUAGACCAGGGUCGCAGAGAGUGGGCUCUGCAGGAAGCCAGGCGGAUCCAACUGGAAAUCUGUCAGUAUGAGGAAGACAUUCUAACCGUGCUUGAAUUUCUCUUAAAGGACACCCAAAAGGAGCAUGUCAGUGGCUCAGACAACAAGCAACUUUCGGAACUCGUGUCGACUUGUUCUUCACAAUGGGUGUCUGUGCAAUAUUUUGAAAAACUAAAGGCCUGCAUUCGGAAAGAAUUUCAAGAUAUCCUCUCCCUACUUGUAGAAAAUGCCAAUUCAGAAUGGGAAAAGAGAAAUAUGGUGAAGGUCUCUGAGGAUCCUGCCGCAGAGGUCACUGGCAGAGGAGACCGUGGAGUCCCGGCUGUCCUUCCUGCACCCACGUCUGGACACCAUGCUGUGCAAGAAACAGAAACAGAUGCUGAUAAGAAAAAGACCCUUGAAAUUAAAGAUUCAUGCUGUGGACACUGCCUCCAAGAACUUGAAAAGGAAAAGCAGGAAUGUCAAGAUCUGAAAAGAAAACUGGAGAAAUGCUGUAGGCACCUUCAGCAUUUAGAAAGGAAGCACGAAGCUGUAGUGGAAAAAAUUGGAGAAGAGAACAGUAAAGUUGUGGAAGAAUUAAUAGAAGAAAAUAAUGACAUGAAGAAUAAACUGGAAGAACUGAGGACGCUUUGUAAAAUACCACCAAGGUCAUUGUCAGAAGGGGCCAUUGAAAAUGCUUGCUUGCCAUGUAGCCAUGGGGCCUUGGAAGAGCUUCGUGGGCAGUACAUUAAAGCUGUAAAAAAAAUCAAGCGUGACAUGCUUCGUUAUAUUCAGGAGAGUAAAGAAAGAGCUGCGGAAAUGGUAAAAACAGAGGUACUGCGAGAACGUCAAGAAACUGCCCGAAAGAUGCGCAAAUAUUAUUUGAUUUGCCUCCAACAGAUCUUGCAGGAUAAUGGAAAACAGGAAGGAGCUGAGAAAAAGAUUAUGAACACUGCUAGCAAACUUGCUGCAAUGGCAAAAUUGCUGGAAACGCCUAUUUCUUACAGAUCCCAGAGCAAAACUGCAGAGGCAGUACUGCCUCUGGCCUCAGAGAUAAUUGGUGUAGACAAAUCAAAAAGGAAUGGUGUGAAUCAGAAUAUACCAUGUCACACUGAAAACAAAUCAGAUGGUGUGAAAACCAUCCCCAGGAAUAUGUGCAACCAAGUUCCUAAGAAGAAGGCUGCUUGUGACUUACGAAGGCGGCUGGAGGACGCAGAGCACGAAGACAUAAAGCAUGUGGGUCCCCAAGGGUCACAUUUAGACUUUCAGUUCCAGGAUAACAGUCACAAACAUCUAGACACUUUGCCAAGGAAUGUUUCUCCUGAGUUUGUUCCUUGCGAAGGUGAAAGAGGCUUUGGUUUGCACCAGAAGAAAGACUCUCCCAGGGACUCUGGCUCUGAAUCAUGUCUGCAUGCAGCCGAAUACCCCUUUCUGGGAACCUUUGGAAAUAAGCCCUCACCAAGACAUGCCCCUCGUGUUUCUGAAUCUGAAUCUACAUGCAUACCCUUCCAAGGUCCUAAUGAAAGACUUGGUUUCAAAGUUUAUAAGUGCAAUCCACUAAUGGGAAGUAAAAAUGCUGAACCUGAGAAACAUGAAAGUUUGGGUGUUUGGGAAGCUCCAGUAAAGGAUGGAGGAGACCUCAGUGACUCGGUGGGAUGGCAUUCUAGCAGUGCCACUUUACCCUGCAACAGUGAUGAAGUGGCGUUUUUACGGGGUAGGCCACCAGAAACUCUGGAUAUGCUAACUGAGCCUGGUCUUUUCAAACAGUUCUCAGCAGCCAGAUGUCUUUCAGAUACAGAGAAAAAUCUUAUGAGUUGUCAACGGAUGAAAUGUCAGAGUGGUCACCUCCCAGACCUGUCCGAAGCUACCAGCCUUUCCCAGCCAGGGAAGAUCAGUAUGUCUCCUGGGCACCCACCUGGUCAGAAGGCUGAUACACUCAAGUCAGACUUCAAAAAGCUGAGCAAUCCAGAAUCAUCUUCAGUGCAUCGGCACCCUUCGAGAAAACUAAUGGCUCCUCUGUCUUGCCAACAAGAUAGUGGCUUUGAUAGCCCCUUCGUCAAUCUUGACUAAUUGUUGUACAGUAUUUAAAAAGAAUGUAUUGACAGGAAAAGUGGAAGGGAAGACUUCAUACUGAAAAAUUUGUGGGCUCUGCCUAUUUUGAGAUGUUUUAAUAACAUCUGACUAUCAUAUGAGCAAAGUGUUCUCAUGAAAUUGCUUGAGAUAUUAAUGUUGCCUUAAUCUUCCAAAGACUGGUGGUGUAUGUGUAAUCUGCUUUCGGGUGGUGCUUAUAUUUGGCUGCUAAACCAUCUACUUUUAUACUUAUACAUUAG